AUCCUGCGGUCCAGCUCGCAGAUUCCCUCGCCCCCCGGUCUAUAUAUGCGGGCACCUCCAGAUCCCCCACCCACCCUCUCUUCCCCAUCGUUCCCUAUCUCCUCCCCCUAGAGUUCUUGGCUUUCUUGGCCCGCUGCUUCCUUCCCUUCUGCAAAGAUUCCGGACCUGAGAGAGGUGGCGUGAGAGUUGUUGUUGUUGUUUGUGUGUGUGCAUGGGGCUGGAUGUUGGGGAGAUCGGGGCGCCCCUGGACUUGGGCCUGGACCUGAAGCUGUUCGUCGCGCGGACCGCCGGCCGGCUGGCGGCCGCCAAGGAGGCGCCGUCGAUGGACGCCUGCAUCAGGGGCCUCGAGGAGGAGCGCCGCAAGAUCGAGGUCUUCAGGCGCGAGCUGCCGCUCUGCGUCCGCCUCCUCGCCGAAGUGAUCGAGAUGAUGAAGGAGCAGGCGGGGAAGAGGAGCGAAGUCCGGGACGCGGAGGCCAAGGCGGAAGACAACGACAAGAGGAAAUGGAUGAGCACGGCGCAGCUUUGGGUCGACAACCGCGGCAGCGACUCCGAUUCCGUGGUUCAGAAGGAGCAGAAGAAGGAGACCACCUUGCCCAAGCCGAUGUUGCUCGGCGGUGCCGGUGGUGCGCCGGCGCCGUUGAUGGCGGUCGGCUUCGGCGCAAUGCCGCCGCCGGCGCCGCCUUCUUCUCAAUACUUCAGCAGAGAGGACAAGGUUGCUGCUAGUACAGAAGGCCUGCCUGCUCUGCCGAUGAUGUCUCCGGUUUUGAAGAGACCGUUUUCUCCCGGCGUUGAUGACCGUCGUCCUGCUCCCUCUGCAAAAUUUGCAACCAUCAUGCCACCUCCGGCGCUUAGCUUGCAGUCUCAGGAGCAGCAAGCAAGGAAGACAAGGCGGUGCUGGUCGCCGGAGCUUCACCGGCAGUUUGUUGCUGCCUUGCGUCAACUUGGUGGCCCUCAAGUUGCUACUCCAAAGCAAAUCAGGGAGGUGAUGAAGGUUGAUGGGCUCACCAACGACGAAGUGAAAAGCCAUCUUCAGAAAUACCGGCUGCACAACCAAAGGUCGUCUGGCUCUUCUUCGUCGAGCCAUUCUAUUGUGCUGGUUGGCGAUCACUGGCCUCCUCAGGAACAAAGCAGCUCCCAGUCCAGGUCCCCUGAAGCUGAAGGCCCCCUUCAAUUCUCUAGUUCAGGGGUAGCCGUCUCGGCAGCCACCGUCAGCGACAGUUCUGAGGAAGAUGACAGGUCAGAUGGCCAUAGCCGGAAAUGACUGGAAGGCUUUUGCGGUCAUGAAGAUUUACCUCCGAGAGAGGCAGAGAUGAGAUAGCUUAAUUUUGCGGCUUUGCGUGUCGAUGGCAAUAAUGGAUUCAGGUGCUCUCUCGAUCGAGAGGGCGUAGAGUUCAGUGCAGGCCAUGGAUCCAGAGAUAUUGGGCGCUGUCCAGCGCUCGAAAGAUGAACUGAUCAUGGCCUGGCUCUUGUGAUGUACAUGAGGUAGGAGAGCUGUUACCGGCUCCCGUGAGGCUUGUUGUUCGCCAAACCGUUUCGGGCAGACCACCAAUUUUCGCCCCGAGAAUUACAUACAUAUAUAUAUGAGAUCAAAGUUUUGAUGUUUAUGUUGCC